AUGGAAGCCUGGGGAAACUCCUCGGGGCAGCCCCUGGGCAUAGACUUCGACAGCCAGGGAGUGGCCUUCGUGUGCGAUGCCGCGCACCAGGCCAUCUUUCGGAUCCUGCGCGUGGAAAGAGAAGGUGGCACCUUCGCGCAUCAAAUUGAUCCUUACGUGAAAGAGUACGAGCAGUCUCAGUUUCUGGGGCCAAACUCGCUGUGCCUGUCGCGCCAGACUGGCAUGCUCUACUUCACAGACAGUGGGCCUUUUGGCGAGACCUCACUGCAGAACCCACGCGGUUCUGUUUUUGCCAUUAGCCCAUCAACGCAGCUGCUGAUUCCGCUGUGCCUCAACACGCUCGCGCAUCCCUCUGGCGUAGCGCUAUCUCCGGAUGAGAAGAACAUCUACGUGGCAGAGAUGGCUAUGAACCGCAUCCUUCGGUUUACGCAACAUCCGCCGCAAGUGUUCCACUGCAGCGUUUUCGCGCAACUUUCUGGGCGCUUCGGGCCGACGGCACUGGCGGUCAGUGCUGCGGGUGACCUUUACGUCGCUCACUUUGACUUCGCUGAAAACACGGAGAUGGGCCGAGUCGUUGUUCUAAAUCCGGAGGGCGAAGUGACUGCUGCGAUAAGCGUUCCAGGGCCGGAGAUUACGGGCCUCUGCAUCUCUCCGGAUCAGAGGCACCUCGUUGUGACGGAGCGAUCCACAACUUCCCUGUACAGAACUCCACUUCCAACAUGA